AUGAGCGGCCCCAAGCUCUUCACUGGGCACGACAUUUCCAUUACCAACACUGGAACCACCAGUCCAGGCCCCAACCCAGCACUGUUGAUUGCUGAGGAGAGAAGCCGUACCAACUUCAACCUCACCAAAAUGCACCAUUUUAUCGAGGGAAACCCAGCCAAGGCCGAACAGAUUCUCAGAAUCUACAAGUCUUUGGAAAGAGACGUGAUCUUGCAAAGUAACCUUGCCCACUACGAUAACGACAAGUUGACCGACCGUGAGUUGACUGCUAAAAGAAUUGCCAGAUUGACCCAGUACAUCGAAAUCGAGUCAUCCAAGCAGUUUUUCAGAAGAUUGAACUUGCUCAACGUCUACGAUCCUUCCACUGGAAUCAGAAUCUCCGUCAACCUAGGCUUGUUCUUAAACGGUGUCCGUGGUAACGGAACAGCGGACCAGUACAAGUUCUGGGCCAAGAAGAUGGAGGCAGGCAUCAUGAAGCAGUUGUACGGCUGUUUCGGGAUGACUGAGUUGGGCCACGGUUCCAAUGUUGCUGGUAUGGAAACCACUGCCACUUUCGAUGAGGACACUGACGAGUUCAUCAUCGACACCCCCCACAUCGGUGCCACCAAGUGGUGGAUCGGUGGUGCUGCCCACUCUGCUACCCACUCCGUGGUGUAUGCCAGACUUCUCAUCAAGGGCAAGGACUACGGUGUCAAGACCUUCGUUGUCCCCUUGAGAGACUCCAACCACAACUUGUUCCCAGGUGUUAGUAUCGGUGAUAUUGGAGCCAAGAUGGGAAGACAGGGUGUUGAUAACGGCUGGAUCCAAUUCUCUGAUGUCAGAAUUCCUAGAUACUUCAUGUUGCAGAAGUGGUGUAAGGUUUCUAGGGACGGUACUGUUGCCUUACCACCAUUAGAGCAAUUGUCUUACAUCUCCCUUCUUGAAGGUAGAGUCACCAUGGCCGUUGACUCCUACAGAAUUGGGGCUAGAUUCACCACUGUUGCACUCAGAUACGGUGUUGGCAGAAGACAAUUCAAGAACAGAGAAUCCGACGAAUACGAAAAGAAGAUCUUGGACUAUACCUUGCACCAAAAGAGAUUGCUCCCCAACUUGGCCUUGACCUAUGCUAUGGCUGUGGGUACCGAUCGUUUGGAGGAACAACACGAAAAAGUGAUCCUGGACUUGGACACUGCUCUUUUGAGUAAGGACAAGAAGAAGAUUUCCGAGGCCAUUUUGGGCACUAAGUCCUUGUUCGUUGACUCUGGUUCCAUGAAAUCUACUUUGACCUGGUUGGGUGGAGAAUUAAUCGAUGAAGCCAGACAAUCUUGUGGUGGUCACGGUUACUCCAGUUACAACGGUUUUGGUAAGGCCUACAAUGAUUGGGCUGUUCAAUGUACUUGGGAAGGUGACAACAAUGUGUUGGCCAUGUCUGCUGGUAGGACUAUAAUGAAGAACAUCGAACAAAUUAUUGUCAAGAAGAAGCCAAUUGAUCCAAACUCCACUUUUGCGUUCCUUAACAAUGCCAAUGAAGUGAUUUCUUCUGGUCCAAUCAUCAAGUCGGAGUCUGAUUUGAAGGACUUGACUAAGGUCAGAGAAGCAGUUGAGGCAGUUAUCAUUAGAUAUGCUGCUGAAAAUCUUCAGGUUUUGAAGGAUACCAAGGGCAACUGGGACGCUUUGUCUCCACAAAGAGUCGAAUUAUCCAAGUUGAGAGCUCACCACUACUUGUUGGAAUCUUUCGAGAGAAAAUUGGCAUCUCUCAACAAGUCUGAUGACAUUUACCCUCACUUGGUUAACCUCAUUCAGCUUUACUUCACAACGUCUAUCUUUGGUGCAUUCACCGCCCAAUUUUUGAGAUUCGACGUUUAUGAAUCCAAGAUUGCUAAGUACAUCGGCUCUACUUUCUUAUCCGAAUCAUUAGCUAAGGUGAGACCUUAUGUUAUUGGUUUGACAGAUGCUUUCCAGCAACCUGAUAACAUGCUUAACUCUGUGAUUGGUAAUUAUGAUGGUCAAAUUUAUGAAAACUAUUUGGAUGCUGUCAAGAACAUCAAUCCUAUUGGCGAUGGUAAGCCACCAUACGUUGAGGCCCUUACCAACAUGCUCGACAGAGGUAGUAUCCCAGAGAGAGACAGAUUCGAAAAGAGCGAUAAAGUAAAGGAUAUCCUCUCCAAUUAA